CCUGCUGAUGGGUUCUUGAUUCUUGAACAUAAGUUACAAAGAAUUAAUGGAGCUUGGGUUCCACCCUCCACCAUUACAAAGAAUUAAUGGAGCUUGGGUUCCACCCUCCACCAUUCACCAUUAUUGCCCUAUUCCAUCUCUCUUCCAUUCUUUUACAUGUUUGAUGAGUCAAAAAUUUGAAAAUAGAUUGGUUGACUUAUGUACAAAGCCAUUUGUCUUCAAAAUAAAUUGAACUUUUCUCCUUCUUUUUUGGGCUAAGCUUCUUUUAUUGUGUUGCUCUUAAUUGGCUCAUCCUUUAGCAGUUGUGGCUGUAUGAAGUAAGAAGACUGGAGAUCUGAGCUUUGUCUUCAUGGGGUCAUGUUUUAGUGCAGGAAUCAAAUCGGAAAGUCCUCUUCUCUAUUUUGUUUGCUUCAAUGGGAUUAGACACUUGUGCUCUGUUUGGAUGCUGAGAAAAGAUGAAGGGGUAAACCAUAAAUUUGUUAUCAAGUCAAGCAGAAAGGUCUCAUCUUCUAUUAUGCCUUCAACUCGGACAAUCGGCGAGAUUUUACAUUCACCCAAUUUGAAGAACUUUUGCUAUGAUGAACUAAAAGAAGCCACAAACUACUUCAGUAUAGAUUAUGAAUUGGGUCAAGGCUUUUCUCGUUGUGUCUUCAAACGGUGGAUUGAUGAUAAGCAUGCAUUGAAGCCUUACAGGCUUGAGACAGGCAUGGUAAAGAGUCUUUCCCCUAAGAGCUGUUGCAGUCAACAAGAAUGGUUGGCAGAAACACAGUAUUUGGGGCAGCUCUCUCAUCCAAAUCUUGCGAAAUUGAUUGGCUACUGCUUACAUGAAGAUCACCGGCUUUUGGUUUAUGAGUUUAUCCCCAAUGGAAACUUGGAGAAUCAUCUUUAUGGAAUUGGUUUUCACUGUCAACCACUUUCUUGGAAUCUCUAUAUGAAAAUUGCCCUUGGUGCUGCAAGGGGUCUAGCAUUUCUUCAUUAUGAGGCAGAUGUAACAUAUAGAGACUUUAAGGCAUCUAAAAUCUUGCUUGAUUCGAACUAUAAUGCCAAACUCUGUGAAUUUGGAUUUGCCAAGGAUGGAUCAACACAUGGUAAAUGCAAUGCCUUUGCAAGGUUCUUGGGUACUGCAGGGUAUGCAGCUCCUGAGUAUAUUAGUACAGGUCAUGUAACUACAAAAUGUGAUGUAUACAGUUUUGGGGUUGUCCUCCUUGAAAUCUUAACUGGCAGGCAAGCUAUAUGUAGAAACAAGCCAUCCGAGGACCAAGUAGCUGAGUUUGCGAAAAGCCUGGCCAGUGAAUGCAAUAUUUCCCAAGUUCCGAAUCCUGCUGUUUUAGGCAAGCAUUCAACAAACAGUACCCUAAAGGUAGCUCAGCUUGCAUGCCAAUGCGUGUUGACAAAUCCCAAGUUGAGGCCAAACAUGAAAGAAGUGGUAGAAGUCUUAGAAGAACUUCAUGACUAUGGUAAAAGUAACUGUCCAAUGAACUAUGCAAUGCAAAAGUGACUUCAUUGUAUUAGGCCAUGUUCUUAUAGAUUUACUCUUUGAUUGGAAAAUAAGGUAGUGGGGGAGAAAGUGAGGUUGGAGAAAGUUACAUAAGAGAAUAUUAUUUUCUCUCGAGUUGUUUGGACAUGAUAGAAAAGUAGGAUAGUGAAUAUGUAGUUUUUCUUCCUUCGAAAACGUGAAAGCAAAAGAGUUAUAUAUCUGUUAAAAAAGUUUUCACUUCUUACCAUGUAAUCUUACUUUUGAAACAAAGAAAUUAAGAAAGAUAAAAUCGGUAUGUAAAUAAUGAUAAGGGUUAAAUACUA